UAUAUAUACGCAUGCAGCAUGAGCAUAAUUCUUUAUUAUUGUUUGUUAACAUAUAUAUAUAUAUAUAAAAGGGUGCAAUUAAAUUCCGUUACGACUCUGAAAGUCAUCAAGCUUUCAAUAAUGGCGACCGUUCCCUCCCACUACCUUCGUCUUCCUCAUCUUAUCAACCAAAAAACUCACUACUCUCUUAGCCUCAAACCACACUACGCGUAUUACUUUGCCGGCGAGUUUAUGGCCAGCGAGGCNCCAGCGAGGGCUAUGUCGAAAACCAAAGAGGAGGCUUCUAUUUCUCCAAGGCUCGAGCAGGAAAACUUUGAGCUGACGACGGCGGAGGAUAUUCGCCGGCGGGGCAGAGAAGAAGCUAAAGAAUCCAAGAGUUUGAGAGACACGUGGCGGAAGAUCCAAGGAGAAGAUAAUUGGGCCGGGUUAAUGGAUCCGAUGGACCCCGUUCUUAGAUCCGAGCUGAUCAGGUACGGGGAAAUGGCCCAGGCCUGUUACGACGCCUUCGACUUCGAUCCUUUCUCAAGGUACUGUGGGAGCUGCAGGUUCACGCGCCGUCACCUGUUCGAAUCGCUUGGGAUACUCGAUUCCGGCUACGAGGUGGCGCGUUAUCUCUACGCGACGUCGAACAUUAACCUCCCCAACUUCUUCUCGAAAUCUAGAUGGUCCAAGGUGUGGAGCAAGAACGCCAACUGGAUGGGAUACGUUGCGGUUACCGACGACGAAGAAGCCACGCGCGGCCGAGUCGGACGCCGCGAUAUCGCGAUCGCGUGGAGAGGAACCGUCACGCGGCUCGAGUGGAUAGCGGAUCUCAAGGAUUACCUCAAACCGGUAUCCGGAAACGGAAUCCGAUGCCCCGACCCGGCCGUUAAAGUCGAAUCCGGUUUCCUCGAUCUCUACACUGACAAAGACACGUCGUGCAAGUUCUCGAAAUUCUCGGCGCGCGAGCAGGUUCUGACGGAAGUGAAGCGGCUGGUGGAGAGGUACGGAGACGAGGAAGGAGAAGAUCUGAGCAUCACCGUGACGGGACACAGCCUCGGCGGCGCAUUGGCGGUGCUAAGCGCGUACGACGUGGCGGAGAUGGGUCUGAACAGAACUAGGAAAGGAAAAGUGAUACCGGUGACGGCGUUCACGUACGGAGGACCGCGAGUCGGGAAUAUUCGGUUCAAGGAGAGGAUCGAGAAACUGGGAGUGAAGGUGCUGAGGGUGGUGAACGAGCACGACGUCGUGGCGAAAUCGCCGGGACUGUUUCUGAACGAGCGUGCGCCACACGCGCUAAUGAAAUUGGCGGGAGGAUUGCCGUGGUGUUACUGCCACGUGGGAGAAAAGCUGCCGUUGGAUCAUCAGAACUCGCCGUUCCUGAAGCCAACCGUUGAUCUUUCUACUGCUCAUAACUUGGAAGCUCUCCUCCAUCUCCUUGACGGGUAUCAUGGGAAAGGAAAGAGAUUUGUGUUAUCAAGUGGGAGAGAUCCAGCGUUAGUGAACAAAGCAUCUGAUUUUUUGAAAGACCAUUUCAUGGUCCCUCCCUAUUGGCGCCAAGACGCUAACAAAGGAAUGGUUAAGAACUCUGAUGGCCGUUGGAUUCAACCUGAUCGCAUCCGUGCAGAGGAUCACCACGCUCCUGACAUUCAUCUACUCCUCUCCCAACUCCCUCUUCAUCCAUCAUAGAUUUCUUCUNUUUUUUUUUUUUUUUUUUUUUUUUUUUUUGUAAUUAAUAAUCAGAUU